GACAGAUACCGGAAGUAGAAAGGAAUGGAGCGCGGCGGCUCAAUUAGAAGCGGGGAUGCCGGAUCCGUGCGCUGACGUAACUAUUCAUGCGGUUCAUCAACAUGAAGUUGGUAAAGUCUGUUCCUGAGAGAUAACCGUGCAGCCAUCAAGAUGAAUAGCAUCACUCAGCUCUUUGGUGACCUGUGCGAAUCGCACUUGACAGGAUUCCCAUGGAAAGCUGGUCUAGGUGUUAGAAGCCAAAGCAAGAAGAGAACCAAAAACCAUCUCAAGAGAUUGGCCUACGACACCCUCUUUAUCCAUUUGUACCAAGAAGAGACUCGUAAGCUGCAGUCAAAAACGCCCAAGUUGCCAGUGAAAAAUAAAAUGAUAAUGCUGUCCUUUAAUUUGCGUAUUGCUGGCAUGAAUUCAGAGGCAGAUCGUCUGGAGGAGUUGAUGGAAUAUGUGGAAAAGUUUAGUGGUGAACAGUUCACAAAUCUCUGUGCUGUACUAGAGCUUCUAGUAGAUCUUGCAGGCACAGGUCCACCUCAGGUUCUUCCACCAAAACGAGACCUUUUUCAGAACAACAAGUAUGUGGACCGAAACCCACAGUAUCAAGGCUAUGACUAUUACGAUGUCAGCGUAUUUGAAGCUGACAUUGGGGCAUUUUUGGCUUACCAAGAGUUUGACAUAAGCAACACAAUCAACAGUACUCUUCAGAUCAUGGAGGCUGCACCGGGUACUGGUCUUCCAGCCAUAGGUGACUUUUCCCAGAACUUUUACACUAGUGACAAGUUUGAGAAGGAAACGCGUGUAUCCCUCUUCGGAGCCCUUGUUCACACCCGAACAAAUGAUAUGGAUAUUAAAUUGGAUUUUCCUCCAGUACCGGACAGUGCGGACCUCUCUGGAUUAGACAUAAAAGUCCCACAGAGUAUUGAUCAGUCUGAAGAUGAAGGGUUCCAAUCUGCAUCAAAUAUGACUCCUGAUUCUCAGUCAGAGCCAAGUGCGACACCGGACAUUGAUCUCUGGGAGGCCAUCCUCACAUAUGGUCCAAGUAAACGGCGCUGUUGGGAAAGAAUAGGAUUUCCUCCAGGCAAAAGAGAAGAUCCCUACCUCACGGAGGCAGGCAGAGAAGCUUUCGACAAGAUGUAUAAAAUUUAUGAAGGAAAUCUACAAAUCCUCACUAAUACGGUGAUGCAGUCCCCAGCACACGUGAUGCUUAAAGAAUCGGAGCUGGUAAAGGAUGUGCUCAAUGUUCUCAUUGGAGUUGUGUCUGCGACAUUCUCUUUCAACCAGUCCAGUCAGACCUUCCUGGUUAAGCAGGGCAUCUAUGUCUCUGGGACGUCCCCUGAAAACAUAGGAAACCUGUUGGCACAAGUGGCAGACUAUGGCACCUACUACACCAGACUGAGCAAUUUCUCUCUGCAGACACUUCUUGAUUCAUCACAAAAUAAAGGCCUUGUAUUUCAGGCGUUUAAAAGUGGCCUGCGAAAAUACCUGCAGUACUACCGGGCAUGUGUUUUAUCAACUUCAAGUACUCUCUCUCUUCUUACAAUCAGCUUUCUUUUCCGGAAACUAGGACGUCAACUAAGGUAUUUAGCUGAACUUUGCUGCAUUGGGACAGUUGGUCCAGGAUCCACUAGGACAAGCCACCCUUCCUUUCCUACAGGUGUUAAAUUGCUAUCAUACCUUUACAAAGAAGCCCUUGAAAACAACAGCAAUGAAAAUUACCCCAUCUUGUUAUCGCUUUUAAAAUUUAGUUGUGAACCAUACACAAGAUUUAUCUAUGAUUGGGUCUACACUGGUGUUUUAAGAGAUGCUUGUAAAGAAUUCAUGAUCCAGGUGAAUGAAGACUACCUUGGGUUUAGAGAUAAACGUUACUGGACUCACGGAUAUGUUUUGAUCUCAAAAGAUGUGGAAGAUUGUGUGCCAGUCUUUUUGAAGCAUCUAGCCAAUGAAAUCUAUACGUGUGGGAAGACUAUAAAUUUAUUAAAACUCUGCUGCCCAAAGCAUUACAUUUGCUGGUCUGAUAUCCCUGUACCUCGAAUAUCUGUUACAUUCUCCUUAGAAGAAUUAAAGGAAAUAAGAAAAGACUGUGCCCUCUAUAUAGCUAGAAUGGAUAGAAUUGCAAGGCAAAGCAGCAUCAGCAUAGAGGAGAAGAUGUUACAAGCUGAAAUUGCAAAACAGGACUUGAUCAUUCAGGCUCGUGAAACAUCAGGAAAACUCCUAGAAAGUUUUAAAGAUCGACUGGUGACAGAGAGAAUAUCUUCAGAUGCAAGAAAGAGGGAACUGUUUCUGAAGCUGAAAGAACAAUAUGAGAAAGAUCAAGAGAGACGACUUGCAGCCAAGCAGGAGGAAGCUGAUAAUGAAUUCAGCUAUGCUCGGGAGCUUCGUGAUCGUGAAAAAAGGUUUAAGGCAUUGGAGGAGGAAUUGAAACUGAAAGCAAGACAAGAACUCAUUCAGCAUUACAGCCAGUUAUCUGAGGAGGCCACUCAGAAAGAACAGAGAGCUCUGUGGAAGCUUCAGCGUCAUAAAUUAGAGACCGCUCGCUUGAAAUUUUUCUUGGACGAAGAAAAAUCCUUACAGGAAUUACUUGAACAGAAUCCAGUGGGUUCAUCUAGACAACGAUUACAUUCAGAAACCUCUGAUCCCGAACCUGCAUCACAUUUUCCAUUGGAUGAUGAAAUAGAUAUGGCACCUCCUUUGGAAAAGGAGUCUUCAGGUGAUAUGGAUCAUGAAGAAGUGAGAGAUAGGAGUCUAAUGACUAUGCAAAACACUGUAACUUCACCUCGAGAAAAGGAAAGUGACUCUAUAAAUUCACCAGAAGAUGCAGUAGAAAGCAUUAAUUUGGCCACACCUGCUUUGGAAUUUGCCGAUUUUCUGCCCGUACCCCCUACAGAGAGACAGGACACACAGCUAGCUGAACAUCAGUCUCAUAUUGAUGAUGCUUUACAAGAUAUAGGUUCUGAUCUUCCAAAAUCCUCAGAGAGCAAAGACUCUACUCUCGGUGUAAGUGAGUAUGACUUCAACACAGUUUUGAAGCCAGUGGCAUUUACACAGGUCUCUCAGGGACACAUUCAGAUUGGGGAAUAUGUCUCUAAUGAAGAAGCUAGAAGGCCACGUUUGAAUAUACAUGGGCAUAUGUCAGAUUCCAAUAUUAAAGUUGGAGAAUAUGUUUCUGACACUGCUGUGCCCAAGCUUCAACCUAGUCAGCAUGGCCAUUCUUCUGAUUCCCACAUAAACAUUGGCGAUUACAUGUCCGAAGUGAAGCCUGCCCGACCUCGAUGGAAUGUGCAUGGCCAUAUCUCCGAAGGUCAUAUAAAGGUAGGAGAGUAUGCUUCUGAUAUAGAGACUUCAAAUCUAAAGCAAAAUGUCCAUGGACAUGUAUCUCAGGCUAAUAUCAAGAUUGGUGAAAAUAUAUCUGAUGUGACACUUUCGAGGCCGCGGUCGAGCGUCCAUGGACAUGCCUCUGAUGCCAAUAUCAAGAUUGGAGACAAUGUGUCUAAUGUUUUAUCCGCAAGACCUAGGUGGAAUAUACACGGACAUGCUUCACAGUCUCAUAUACAGCUUGGAGAGCUUGUGUCUGAUACGGAGCAGUCAAAACCACGCUGGAAUCCCUUUGGCCAUGCCUCUCAGUCAAGCAUUAAAAUUGGAGAAUGGUCUCCAGCAGUGAACACUAAUGAGCCUGCACAGCCGAAAUCAGGACUUGGUCAUUCAUCUGAUUCUACAGUUCAAAAUAUAUUGUAUGGUGAACGAUUGGCUUCCACCAUUACUACUGAAACCUCAGAAACAGAAGAUCUUUCUUCCAAUCAAACAGGUUCUUCUGAAACUGUAAACGUAUUGUCACUACCAAGUGUGAAAGAAAAUGAAGAAAGCAUUAAAGAAGAAAACAUACCUGAAGACAGCAAGACGGCUUCUCCAGGAGCCCCAGUAGAUGUGCAGUUUGAACAGAGUGACACCUUAAAGUGCACACAAGGAGGAUCCGCCGAUAAGACGCAGAACACAGAGGGCCCAUGUGAUGAUCAGCCUGAAGGAGAGGACAGGAUUAAUGAUGACGCCUGGCAGAAACAGCAGGUUUAUCUACAGACGCUGGCAGACCACUAUUGCCUAGAAAAAUAUCAAGACACCUAUGACGUGAUGUCAAAGCCUCCGGUUCUCCGCUUGCUUAGUCAUUUUCUGCCACGAGAGUUCUCCUUUUCUGUGGACCCUGACGUAGAUUCGGCUACUGACGAAACAGCUGUCCAGCUCAUCGAGCUUCUGUCUCUACCGGUGCUGAUGAAAUAUUCUGUCACUGCUCCAAUUGUAUCCAGUGUUUCUCUAGUUAACAAAGCUGUGGUGGAUUACUAUUUUGUGGAACUGAAUAUGGAAAAACAUUUUGAAGCAAUAAGACAUUUUUUGCUAAUGGAAGAUGGAGAGUUUGCCCAGUCACUUAGUGAUUUGCUCUUUGAGAAGCUUGUGUCGGGCCAGACGCUCGGUGAGCUGUUCACUCCCUUGGUCCUGAAUUCCAUAUUGAACAAGGCUCUGCAGUACAGUCUACACGGCGACUCUCAUCUCGCCUCCAAUCUCUCUUUUGCACUUAAGUACAUCCCAGAAGUCUUCGCGUCUACAGCUCCUGAUACAUUCAGUUGUUUGGAAUUAAGAUAUAAGGUCGAUUGGCCACUAAACAUAGUCAUAACGGAUACCUGCAUAAACAGGUACAACAAGAUAUUCUCUUUCCUCCUACAACUGAAGCACAUGGUCUGGACUCUGAGAGACGUCUGGUUUCAUUUAAAACAGACUGCUCUAGUGAAUCAAGCUUCUAGUUCAGUCCAGUAUCGGCAGCUCCAGCUUUACCGGCAUGAAAUGCAGCACUUUGUGAAGGUUAUUCAGAGUUACAUUGCCAACCAGAUUCUGCAUGUGACUUGGAGUGAAUUCAGAAAUAAACUCCGUACAGUCAGCAACCUGGAGGAGAUUCGCAAGACGCACACGGAAUACCUCAAUAAGGCACUCUUUAGGGGUCUGCUGACUGAGAAAGCUGCUCCACUAAUGCACGUCAUCCACAGCAUCUUCAAUCUGAUUCUUAAAUUCCGGACACAGUUAAUCUCUCAGUCAUGGACGUGGGACAAGGAAAAGCAGAUGACUUGUCAUCCCAACUAUGGACUGAUGCAGCAGUCUUAUGACACCUUCAAGUAUUACUCAGAUUUUCUGUUUGAAGUGGUGACCAAGCUAGUAAAUCGAGGAUACCAACCACAUCUGGAAGAUUUCUUAUUGAGAAUUAACUUCAAUAGUUACUAUAAAGAAAACUGAACAGUUGACAGAUGCUUCCCUGUAAUAUAUGCAAUAUAUGAAUGUAAAAUAAA